GGACCCCUCUCUAUAACACACCCUACUACAAGCUGAAGAGUCGGAAUAACACAGCCAAUUUGGUGCUUCGGAAACAACAGUACAAUGGCCACAGCCUGAAUGGACCACCAAGACAAGCGCAGCAAAAUGGCCACAGCCUCCACCUCUUCCUCCGCUUUCCUCAACCUCAACAACACCUCUUUAUUCCCCAUCCCAAGAUACCACUUUCCUUGGCCUCGUACAACGCCCUUCCUCUCUUCUCUCCCGCACUCCCUGUCUUCCUCCCGCCGUCGUGUCACCCUCACGCCCAUCCUUUCGUCUCUCAAGGAAGAGUUCCGUAUGGUAACCAAGGUUUGGAGUGAUUUUACUAGCUUAAACUAUUGGGUUAUUAGGGACUACUAUAGACUCGUCAACUUUGUCAAUUCCCUGGAGCCGCAUAUUCAGAAAUUGUCUGAUGAACAGCUGACUGAAAAAACAAUGGAGUUUCGAUACCGGCUGAGACAAGGGGAGACUCUUGCCGACCUUCAAGCUGAGGCAUUUGCUGUUGUUCGAGAAGCUGCGAGGAGGAAGCUUGGAAUGCGUCAUUUUGAUGUCCAGAUAAUCGGUGGAGCGGUUCUUCAUGAUGGGUCAAUUGCUGAAAUGAAGACGGGUGAGGGGAAAACACUGGUUUCAACGUUAGCUGCAUAUCUUAAUGCCCUGACUGGCGAGGGAGUUCACGUGGUAACCGUCAAUGACUACCUAGCUCACCGAGAUGCUGAUUGGAUGGGUCGUGUUCAUCGAUUCCUAGGUCUUUCCGUGGGUCUUAUCCAAAGGGGGAUGACAGCUGAUGAAAGAAGAUCCAACUACAGAUGUGAUAUUACUUACACCAACAAUUCGGAACUUGGUUUUGAUUAUCUCCGAGAUAAUCUUGCUGGAAGCAGUGGACAACCAGUGAUGAGAUGGCCCAGGCCAUUUCAUUUUGCUAUCGUUGAUGAAGUUGAUUCAGUACUCAUUGAUGAAGGGAGAAGUCCUUUAUUAAUAAGCGGUGAGGCAAGUAAAGAUGCUGCACGAUAUCCAGUUGCUGCAAAAGUUGCUGAGCUGCUUGUACGGGAACUUCAUUACACUGUAGAGCUCAAGGAUAAUUCAGUGGAGUUGACUGAACAAGGAAUUGCGUUGGCUGAGAUGGCUCUAGAGACAAGCGAUCUAUGGGAUGAAAAUGAUCCUUGGGCUAGAUUUGUUAUGAAUGCUUUGAAGGCUAAAGAGUUCUAUCGGCGGGAUGUGGAAUAUAUUGUAAGAAAUGGGAAGGUUUUCAUUAUCAAUGAGUUGACUGGAAGAGUAGAAGAGAAAAGGAGAUGGUCUGGGGGUAUUCAUCAGGCUGUAGAGGCUAAAGAAGGUCUCAAAAUUGAGGCUGAUUCAGUUGUUGUGGCACAAAUCACAUAUCAAUCACUAUUUAAGCUUUAUCCGAAGCUAUCAGGGAUGACUGGGACUGCAAAAACUGAAGAGAAUGAGUUCUUGAAAAUGUUUCAGAUCCCAGUUGUUGAAGUGCCAACAAAUCUGCCAAAUAUUCGUAAUGAUUUACCCACCCUAGCUUUUGCGACUGCACGAGGGAAAUGGGAACAUGUUCGUGAAGAAGUUGAGAGCAUGUAUGGACUAGGCCGUCCUGUUUUAGUUGGUUCCACUAGUGUUGAGAAUUCUGAAUAUUUGUCUGAUUUGCUGAGAGAACGAAAAAUCCCUCACAAUGUUCUCAAUGCACGACCCAAGUACGCUGCUAGGGAGGCUGAAAUUGUUGCUCAAGCAGGGCGGAAAAAUUCCAUUACUAUUGCCACAAACAUGGCCGGUAGGGGGACUGAUAUAAUAUUGGGAGGAAACCCAAAGAUGCUUGCGAAGGAAAUUAUAGAGGACAGCCUUUUUUCAUUUUUGACGCAUGAAGAUCCUGAUUUUGAAGUUGAUGGUGAACCAAUUUCACAAAAGGUGAUGUCUAAGGUAAAGGUCAGAGCAUCUUCACUUGCUUUGCUAGCUAAGACGGCACUGAUGGCUAAAUAUGUAUGCAAAAGCAAGGGUAAGAGCCAUACAUAUCAGCAAGCAAAAUCAAUUAUUUCUGAGUCUGUGGAGAUGGGUCAGUCAACUGAAAAGGAAGAACUUUUGAAGCUUGUUGAAGAACAGUCUGAGAUGCAUCCACUUUGUCCAUCAAUAGCACUGGCUUACCACUCGGUUCUAAAGGAUUGUGAAGAACAUUGUUCCAAUGAAGGUUGGGAAGUGAAAAAGCUUGGGGGCCUUCACGUGAUUGGGACCUCGUUGCAUGAGUCCCGGAGAAUAGACAACCAGCUCCGUGGCAGAGCAGGUAGGCAAGGGGAUCCUGGAUCAACACGGUUUAUGGUUAGCUUGCAAGACGAGAUAUUUCAGAAGUUUAGUUAUGACACUGAGUGGGCUGUGAAAUUUAUAUCGAGAAUCAAUAAUAAUGAAGAGUUACCGAUUGAAGGUAGUGUAAUAGUAAAACAGCUUUUGGGUCUGCAAAUUAAUGCCGAGAAAUACUUUUUUGGUAUAAGAAAGAGCCUGGUAGAGUUUGAUGAAGUGCUGGAGGUGCAAAGAAAGCAUGUUUACGACCUUAGGCAAUUAAUUUUGACGGGUGAUUCUGAAAGUUGUUCCCAACAUAUAUUCCAGUACAUGCAAGCAGUGGUAGACGAAAUGAUUUUCGGAAACGUCGAUCCACUGAAGCAUCCAAGCAAGUGGAAUUUGGGCAAGCUCUUGAAGGAGUUCAAUGGAAUUGGAGGGAAGAUAUUGAAUGAGUCUUUUGUGGCGAUUACAGACAAAGCUUUACUGAAAUCCCUUGCACAGCUUCAAUGGUUACACACUGUAAAUAUAAGUGAUUUUGCCUUUCCAAACUUGCCAUCACCACCAAAUUCCUUCCGAGGAAUCCGUAGGAAGAGUUCCUCAUUGAAACGUUGGCUUGCCAUAUGCUCUGACGAUUCCCCCAAAGAUGGAAAGUACAAAGGAACUGCUAAUAUUCUUCGCAAGUACCUUGGAGAUUAUUUAAUUGCUUCAUAUUUGGAUGUUGUACAAGAAUCUGGUUACGAUGAGCCAUAUGUGAAGGAAAUAGAGAGGGCAGUUCUUGUGAAAACUCUAGAUUGUUUCUGGAGGGAUCAUCUUGUAAACAUGAACAGGCUCAGUUCGGCGGUAAAUGUGAGAAGUUUCGGGCAAAGGAAUCCGCUUGAGGAAUACAAGAUUGACGGUUGUCGGUUUUUCAUCUCUAUGCUUAGUGCAACUCAGAGGCUAACUGUAGAAUCACUCUUGCGGUACUGGUCAUCUCCUAUGGAGUCCCAAGAACUUUAUAUUCCAUAAAACCAAAAUUGUUAUGAUGCUGAAGAUAUCAGCUUUUUAUUUAUGUCUACUCACGUUUUUUGGUUCCAAAUUCUUUCUCUAGAAAAUUGAAUUUCCUUCUAAUACACCAGUUCUCACUCCCUCUCUAAUUCUCUAUGACAUCAGUGGUGUAUAAGGACGAGAUUGAAUUGGUUAUAUGGUAGGGAGAGUGAAGUGUAUAGGGAAAAGAGA